UGGAUGUAACAGUUUCAACCAGCUCUGGAGUCCUUAGACGUUCUAAAGAAAAGUCAUUCAUUGGGCUCCAGGAAAACAAACUCGGGUGUAUUAAAAUCUUUCCUUCAACCCAGCUUUUAAGCCCUAAAUGCUUCCAGAAGCCUCAUAGAUCUCUCACUUCUGAGCCCCUGGCCAAGCCCAGUUUCCAGACAGGGAAGUUAGGGAGGAGUUUUUGAUUCCUGUACAGCUCUAUUUUUAUCUGGAAUGUAUCUUCCUGCACACCAGUGAUUGGGUGCCUUCGAAGCUGAGGUAAAGUACGUUGUCAGCAGGACCCCGAGCAAUAAAUAGCAACGGACAGAGAGACUGAUCUGUUACGUGGGCAGGAAGUUAGCCAGAUGGACAAACUGAUCGGCCUGGCGUCUUUGCCAAGAGCGGCCCAAGUAAUCACACUGUGCCCGAAGCCUCUCCGUUGUUCCCAAAGGAUGAGCCGUUCCCCUCUGACAACCCCUAUCGUGGCAAGCGUGGAAGGCAGACAGGAAAGACCGGCAGAGACCAGUGCCAACGUGGAUGACUCGGCACCCCCCUCGGUGGCCCAGCUGGCUGGGCGGUUUAGGGAGCAGGCAGCCGCUGCAAAGGAGACACCAGCCUGUAAGCCAACAAGAAGGAAACCACCCUGCUCCCUCCCCCUGUUCCCCCCCAAGGUAGAGCUGGGCCAGAACGGUGAGGAGAAAUCACCGCCCAAUGCAAGCCACCCUCCUAAAAUCAAGGUGAAGAGUUCGCCUCUGAUUGAGAAGCUUCAGGCCAACUUAGCUUUCGAUCCAGCAGCCCUGCUGCCUGGCGCCUCACCCAAGAGUCCUGGACUCAAGGCCGCGGUGUCGCCAUUCCAGAGCCCGCCGUCCACCCCCAGCAGCCCUGGUGUGCGGUGUCAGGCUGGCGAGCUGGAGGAGGUGCCGGUCAGCUUUGACCAGCCUCCGGAGGGCAGCCAUCUGCCCUGCUACAAUAAGGUGCGGACGAGGGGCUCGAUAAAAAGGCGCCCUCCCUCCAGGCGAUUCCGAAGGUCUCAGUCAGACUGCGGGGACCUGGGAGGUUUCAGGGCCCCCGAGUCAUCCCAGGAGAAUGGUGCCAAGGAAGAGAAUGGGGAUGAGGUGUUCCCAUCCAAGAGCAAGGCCCCAGGGUCCCCGCCGCCCAGCGAGAAGCCGGUGGGGGAGCUGGGGUCCCUGGAGAAGCCUCCUCUGAGGAGGACGUCCAGCAGGACGGAGAAGCAGGAGGAGAAGGGCAGGGCCCCGGGGGAAGCCCAGCAUCACCAGGAGGCUGUGGGGGGCUCUGAAGAGGAGGCCGGCACCCGUCCAGCCAAGGAGGAGGCCGUUCAACCAGCCCCGGCCUCCAACCCGGAGGCAGCGAACGGGUGCAGGAGCCCCACGGAAGAAAAACCAGCCGGGGAACAGACAGAAAAGUCUGCAGAGGUGAAGGAGGAGAGGGCAGAAAAUGAAGAGGGUGAGCCCGGGCAGAGGAGCCAAGACACAAAGGGGCUGGCGGAGGGAGCUGCGGGGGAGGCCCCACCGAGCCCCCCUGGAGGAGUGGAGGGCGGCCACGGCUUUGAGCAGGGGAGAGGCGAGGAAAAGGACGAAGAGGGGGCCGUUCUGGAGCCAGGCUGCAACCCCAGCGAUGAGGCCCCCAAGACAGAGGAUGACACUCCUGUCCAGGACACUAAAAUGUGAAGAGCUCCUUGUGCCUAGUGAUGCAGCUGCUGGAGACCUCUCUUUAGAAGUAGCAGCAAGAGUAGUAGCAGCAAAUGAAGCCAAAGCAGAAUUUCGUGGAGGGUCGGAGGCAGCCUGAAGACAGAGCGUGUUAUUUCCAGGUCUCCACGCUGAACGUCCCCUUGCAGACAGAUCCGGCAGAGGGCAGCAGCCUUUUAUCAGCCUGAGUUUGUGUCACUUACUGGACUUGGUUAAAAGCAGACAAACAAAAAUUAUUUAAAACAAUUUACUGUGGUGACAACUCCCAGGAAUACUGGUCAGCUGCGGGGCCUGAAUCCUAUCCACACCCACCUGUCCCUGCAGCUGACGUCGGAACUGGAUUCUGAUUUAGCCAAUCAGAUUUUGUUUGUGUAAAGUGAUACCCUUUUUACUGUUCUGACAAGUUGUUAUGAUUCUCAGAUGUAAGUAAGAACAAAUUUCAGACUGGCCAGGAACAAAAGAAAAUAGUGUCGCUGGAAAUAUAAAUCCGAUAAGUUACAGAAGACCUUACAUUGUAUCAAGACCCAGAGACAAUCUCUCAGCUUCAUCCAAAUUUGAACUGGCCAGCCAGUUUUUAAUCCUUGGACUGGAAAGAGGUACUUACUGCAACAUUAAAAAAAUAGGUAUCUGUUCCAUCCAGAGGGAGCUUUUACUUUUGGGUAGUUUUCUAGUUGUUGGUACACUGGGAGGUGACAGGCUUAGUGGUCCCUCUUCUGCCGAGGGGGGCGGGGGGGGGGGGGGAGGAGGUGGAGGCAGGGAGCAAACCUCAUGGAGAAGCAGAUGUCCAGAGGUUUCACGGCUCCGUGUGCUGCAUUUGCUGUGUGCAGAGCAAGGAGACCUUAACGAUGCCUGCCCUCUGGGCCUGGAGGGAUGAGAUUUGCACUUCCUGGAGGAGAUCUUGAGCAUGGAGUAGAUCUUUCCUGGGAGGUGCUUUGAGCAUCAUAUUUUGAAAGGUACAAAACUAGAACAUCCUUCCUAGAUUCCCUGGGAAGCUGCUCUGGAAUCAAAGCCCAGGCUUCUCUUUCCAGACUCAGGAGGAGGGUUGGGUCUUCAGUCUGUUCUCACUGGGUAGCUUUCGCUUUAAUGUUCUUUGUGGAAAGUGCAGGGGCUUUGCAAGGAACAGGGGCCUGACUACCCGUUCCUUGACUAAUACCCUCCUCCCCUCUUGAUGCACUCGUGCCCAAAGAGGUCAAUCCACAUAAAUGUUUAAUCUUUAGGGUUGGUUCUUACUCAGAUUCGAGUAUUUCAGUGUCUCGUUGUGAUGAGGUAGGUGGGCAGUUGUUUUUCUGGAGGCCUGUUAGACCACCUCCUACCCUGACUCAGAAAAUAGUCCUCCAGACAAAGGGCCUUAUGUCACUGCUGGUACCUCUGUGUUUUCAUCCUGUUACAGUUUUCCUAAUGCCAGAAUAGUGUUAAUACUUGGGAUAUAUAUUUUUUCAAAACUAUUUUUAAAUACAUGCAUCUUCUAAAACUUGUAACGUAGUCAAGCCCAAUACUAGAAGUUUUAUGUUUUCGCAGAA